AUGCUCACAAAUCCAUUGAUAGUGCCGACUAUCCUUCCUACAGGCUCUCUUGUCUUCGCUGAGGUUGCCCAGGAGGGACGAGCUCAGGACGUUAUCGACACUCUUGUUGACUUGCCAGGCGUGAAAGAGCAGAUACUUGGAAACCUCGAUGAUCAUGGGUGGGCCCUACAGAGAAUCAGAGUAGAACAGAAUGGCAGGGUUUGGGAGGAGGACGAACUCCUGAGUCUUGGGGAUGGCACCGUACAAAGUAGUACGCUGGUUGCGCCGCUGGUAAAUGCGCCUCCCGCGAAGUCUGAAUAUCUUCAGCGUCAUUUCUCUUCGUUUCCCAUGACUGCACACCUGCACAACCCUGUACUUCGAUUGGUCUCUCUCCACCCUCAGUUAUCUUGUUCUUUGGCUUUUCUUAGGGUCCCAGAAAUUCACGAUGGGUUUGAAUACAAAGUCUUUGUAUCAAGGACAAUGUCAGUAGACGACGUAAUCCACACUGUGAUCGAGGAACUUGGUCUGGCGAGAUCAUUGCCCAUUCCUGGAGGAAAAUUUGAGUACGUCCUGGAGGAGGUUUGGAUAGAAAGGGAUUCGCAAAAGUCCACAAGACUUCCGACGACCUCUCUCAUUCCCGAAAUUCUAGGCUUCCCCUUUUCAGCAAAUCCUUUCGGGUCUUUAGGACACCGGAUACUUCGAUUUUGUGUUCCUGAUGAGUGGUAUCGCCGUACAAAUUCUCGUGUUGUUCCUACGGCUGGCUCUGAACCCUCAGAAGCGACUCUCAGGCGACUUGCCGCUCUUCAAGAAUCUGACCAGGAAGACGAAGACGAAGGGACUGCGAAGCUAGCUGGACAAGCUGAAUCGCAUCUACGUCAUCCCACGGCAACGCAGACUAUGGAACAGCGUGGUCUUGUCACCCAAGGCCGUCUUUCCAGCAUGUUUGAAGGGUGGCUUCGGCCUACGUCACCCACGACAGCCCGACACAGUACUGUUUUUAUUUCUGACAACAAAAAGAGUGUUAGCGAGCCCAGACUGGUUGAAUCCCCGACAGGAAACAUGCAAGACGAAAACCAGACCACGGCUUCAGCUGACGGGGACAACCUGGAUGAUUUUGAUGCUGCCUUCGAGUUAAUGCUGGACGAGUUUGGUUUGAAAGGUGAAAAACGAUCUGCAAUGUAUGCACUCACACGAGAUCGCAAAGCGUAUCUACUUCGCCAAAAUCGUCAAUUCCGGUCCUCCAGCCAGCCUUCGGAUGCGGAAGCGACUCUUCGCGCCAAUAAUCCACCCCACUCUGUGACAUAUGGCCCAUCAAGUGCUGCAAGCCUACUUCCCCGACUCAUUCCCCAACUAACUGGUGACCCAAAUCUGCCCCGCCGCUUCUCUAUUUUUGGUUGGGGAGCCCCCAGCGCCACCCCGACUGUUGCCUCGGCGGUCACCAGUGGCUUCAGUGGAGAGGAUAACACGGCUGGCCGAGGCUCUCCGGGCAGAGGGAAAUCACAAACUAUUGAAUUUGUUGAGGAAGUGCAACCAAUUCAAAUCCAAACUACUGGUGGUCUUUGGAGUAGUUGGUGGACAUCUUCUGGAGGCGAAAAAACUGCUUCAGGAGACAAGAAUGGCAAGAAAGAAUCUGGGAAUUCGGCCAAAUGGUACAUAGACGCCCUUUGUAUCGGAAAGCCUCCCGAUAUGAAGCUGGUGAAGCACCUCAUCAGUCUACGCGUCCAUCUAUCAACGGCGAAACUUGCUUUUAUUGAGGAUUUCGUGCGCAACCAAAAAGGACUUGAAGCUAUCGGCGUGUUGCUAGCAGGCUUAGUAGGGAAGGGCGGCAAGAGGAAAGGACUCAACGAGGUAGAAACGACGGUACUUUUUGAGUUAAUCAAAUGUCUCCGAGUCUUGCUCAACACUGAGCCUGGCUUUGACGAAGUUCUAUCUUCUCCAACCGUCAUUACCCACAUUUCGUACUCAUUGCACACCCUUUCACUCAAAGUCUACACGCUGGCAUCAGAACUUCUUGCGGCUAUAUGCAUUCUUUCGCUCACUGAAGGGCACAGGGCCGUCCUUGCAGCCAUGUCAGAUUUUCGGAUUGCGUUCGAAGAGAAUUUUCGUUUUGAAACACUGAUAGCUUCCCUUCGUCCCCCCGACGUGGACAUUGAUUCCGAGAGCGAUAAUGGGGCCAGUUUUGGCAAUGAAGAAGAGGGUGUAUGGGAAGCGCGCACGGCUUCCAUGGCUCUAAUAAAUGCGUUGGCAAACUGUCCUGAAUCUCUCGAAGAGCGAAUAAUGCUUCGCGAAGAACUUAGUAGACGCGGGCUAAAUGAAGUCAUAGUGACUUUGAGAUACAUCAAACCUCCAGAUUCCUUGUUGACCCAACUUGAUGUAUAUUCGGAGGAGAAAUUCGAAGAUGAAGAAGACGUGCGCGAACGUACCCGGACCAUGAUGUCUCAAGGACUCAAGGCUCACCAGCGGACACGUUCGGAUUCUGAGGUGGUUUUCCAAGACCUCCUACAACUAGCCAAACAACACGGCGAAUUAUAUCCCAUGAUGGUUGAUAUUUUGAAGCAUUAUGGACUGCUAUUACAACGGGAUGUUGGCAUGUACGCCUUCUAUGGUCUUUGGCACAUUAACAGUAAAAUAAACCAAUACUCCAGACAGCUCAAGGCCGAUUUGUUCAUUAUCCUGGAUCGCUUCGUCGAACAAGCAGCAAUGCUCGAGAAUUUUGAUGAAAGCUGGCAUACUUUUUUGAAGCGUUUUACGUCUUCUGUUCAAGACAUUACUGGUCAAGAAUUGGAGGUUAAAGCUGCUUCGGAGAACGAUUCAAGGGAGGUCGUGGAAAGAGAACUGGAGUUGUUGCGCACCCAAGUCGAGGAACUUAGCGAGGAGCGAACGGAACUGCGAAACGAGUUAAAUCAGCAGAUUGCUGAGAUAAAUACAUUGAAAUCUUUUCCUCUCGGAAUCUCAGUCCCUCACGCAAAGGCUGGAAGGUCCGGGUCUGAGAACUUUCAUGGUCUGGUCCAACGCCUAGUGCAGAAGGAGAAGCAAGUUCUUCAGCUUCAGACUGAGCUUGAUAGGUGUAAGGCUCAGAAUCCGGGUGAAGGACGGGAAGCUGAUGAUCGCGCAAAGCGAGAACGCGAUCGAAUCAAGUGGAACACCCUUAUGGACGAGAUCGCCAAGUUGAAGUUUAAGAAUGGAGAGCUUGAAAAUGGUUUGGGUAGAAAAGACAAAGAAAUUGCUUACCUCAAGCGAGCGCUGGAAUCAGUCUAUACCAGAUUUCUCUCAAGAGAAGAGGCUCGUGAGGAGAACAAAGAGGCUGAGAUGGAUGCACAACUCAUCGCUAAUCGCGCAAUUGAGCGAUUGACCCAAAAGGAUGAACAGAUUGUUGCUCUGAUUGCUGAGGUGUCACAGCUUAGAGCUCAAUUGGUUGCCAAACCAAAAACAGAACGAGAAUUUAAGGCGAAAAAAUCUCCCCCUCCUCCACCUCCAACCAGGCCCAAACAACUAGGAAUACUUGCUGCCUUAUCCCAUGCAGUCGAUUCCUCGAAAGACUCUUCACGAGACAUCUUACUCGAAGCUCUGCCUCUGUCAUUUACAUCACCAGACACCGAAUCCAAUCCAAAGCCUGUCUCUGAAACUGCUUCGGACCAUGAUGAGGCAUCUUUCCCUCCGCCUCCGCCUCCGCCACCUCCUCCGCCUCCGCCUCCACCCCCAUUUUUCUCACUUCAUUCACCUCCACUUAUUCCUCCUCAUUCGCCCCCACUUCUCCCUCUCCACACUCCUCCGCCUCCACCCCCACCACCGCCGCCUCCCGCACUACCCGGUAAUAAUAGCUCACCAUUUCCACCACCACCUCCACCGCCACCGCCACCGCCGCCCGCUUCGUCGGUCAGUAGUUCAAGUUUUCCCCCUCUACCGCUUGAUGGACCCCCACCUCCUCCCCCUGGACCACCAAGAGCAGGCGGCAUUCUCAAGGUCAGCAAGCCAAGUAAACGUCUCAGACCCUUCUUCUGGAACAAGAUAUCCGGACCUUCCGUGGCAGCCACCGUCUGGAAUGAGCUAUCGCCCAACAUUCACUUUGAUCUGUCUGACCUCGAGACGACCUUCAUAAUCGAUAACGCACCCUCUACGCCGUCACAACUAAUCAGUCCACGGAGGCAAAACGUUACAACACUUUUGGAUAUUAGUAGGGCCAACAAUAUUGCUAUCAUGCUUUCGCGUAUAAAAAUGGACUAUCCUGAAAUACGGAGGGCUUUGUUGGAAAUUGAUGAUGAAACGCUGUCCAUUGACGAUCUAAAGGCCAUCAGCAAGCAAUUGCCAACAUCAGAAGAGGUUCAAAGAAUUCAGAACUUUGACGAAAUCGGAAAACUCGCGAAGAUCAUCACAAUUCCUCGCCUCUCAGAGCGUCUCGAAUGCAUGCUAUACCGUCGCAAGCUAGAUCUUGAUAUUGAAGAAAUUCGACCGGAUCUAAAUACUCUGAGAAACGCCUCCCAAGAACUCCGCACAUCCUCGAAGUUCAAGCAGAUUUUGCAGGUUUCUUUGGCUGUCGGGAAUGCUUUGAACGGAUCCACCUUCCGUGGAGGUGCUCGAGGUUUCCAGCUUGAAUCCUUGUUGAAGAUGAAAGAAACAAAGACCGCUAGAGGAGGACCGGAGUGCCCCACUCUCCUGCAUUACCUUGCCAAGGUCCUUAUGCGCAAGGAUCAGUCACUAACCACCUUUAUUGAGGAGCUGCCGAGCCUUGAGGCGGCUGCUCGAGUGUCGGUGCAAACAACUACUCAAUCCGUCAACGCACUCGUGUCAGGACUUGAUCAACUGAAAGUCGAGCUUCGGGAAUCCAGAGACUUACCUAGUAACGAUCGAUUCAUACAAAUUAUGCGGCCUUAUGUCGAACAAGUUGGACCCAUCGUCGGUGCAUUGAAGAACAUGGGUAUUGCGAUUGAAGUAGAACUCAAAGCGCUCCUGAAGUAUUAUGGUGAAGAUCCCAACUCCCCAGAAGCGCCCAAGCCGGAAGAUUUCUUUGGACUAGUAGCCUCAUUCUCGUCGUCGCUUCAGAAAUGUGCAUUGGAGGUUCAUGAUGCUGAGGCUAAGGUCAUGAAGAUUGUUUCAAAACCUUCCACGCCGAAGAUCAAGCCUGCUGUGAGCGCAGGGACCGUCGUGGCAUUGCAAGAUCCUCCUUCGACUCAAACUUCACAUUCGACCUUGAAACCGCCCUCACAAGGUUACGCGGCCGGCAAACGUUCUGUUGGGCGUGGAGAUCUGGACCAAGCCAUCCGUAGUAUGAGAGAAGGGAAGCGGAGGAAUAGACCUCGACCUUUGAGCAAGAUCUUCCUUGACGGAGCUAAUGCUGGUGGCAGACCUCAAAGUCGGUUAUUCGAUAGUUGA